AUGGCGAAUUCAAGAACAGAAGCCAAAGAGUUGCCUUGCGUAUUUAGCUUUCUUGUUCAAGACUAUCCAGGAAGUGAAUUAGCAAAAUGUGAGACUCCUGAAAAACAACAUGAAACGAAAUUUUGUGAUUUUGGGAUUCAAGUAUCGUUACCGAAUCCUGAAUAUGAUAGUCUUGUAAAAAAAAUUAAUGAAUUAGAAUGUCUUAAUAAACAAUUAUUGCUUGAAAAUAAAAUAUUAAAAAGAAAAUUAAGUAAUAAAUUUGAUAACCAAGAAGAGCGGGUUAAAAGUGUUAUAGAAAUUGCCAAACGGGAACGAAGUGCUUUAUAUGAUGAUGUC